AUGAUGAAGCUUCUGCUUGUUGUCCUGUGUGUGGCAUAUGCCAGUUCUAGAGAUAUCAAGCUGGUUGAAGAGAUGUCUGUAGUAAACUCUGAUGUGUCUUCUGAGAAUGACUUUGGAGUUUUUACCAACUGUGGAAAAUCACAACUGUCUGGAAUGUGGACUCCUAAAGUUAUAUCCACCCAUGGACAGGUUACAGUUGAUGUUAACUUCACAGCUCCCUACGAUAUGGAUGGUGGGUUUGCAGACGUGGCUGUCUACAGACAUGCAGAUCAUGUGAAAGUUGUGGAGUAUGGAACACCCUUUAGCUGUGAGGAGAUUGUCAAAUAUAUUCCUUGCCCUCUCAAGAAAGGCCAAGUUAUCACUUUGCAUAACACCAUUCCAGACUUGAGUCAGCUGUCCGGAUACCAGGGUGUAUUUGAUAUCGAAACAUACGUCAACAAUGAUGAUGAUCAACAGUUGCUGUGUGUGAGAGCAACAGUAACUGUGACUCGAUAA